UAAUCUAAUCUAAUCUAAUCUAACGCUUUCCCCCACGUAAUCCAGUCGAUCCAGUUCUCAACAUAUAGCUAUCAAAAAAAUUCGAACACACGAACUCACAACGACGUUGACGACGAUGUCAAACGACGCUGCUUCCGGCGGCGGCACCACCAAUCACCACCAAAACAGAAAGGAGGAGAAACGACACCGUUCGAUCUUCGAGGUCCCUUCAGACUUCUUCGAUUCGUGUCGACUCCUCCAAUCCCCAACCUCUUUCCCGGAGCCCUCUGAAACCCCUGAAAUCGAAACCCUAGCCGAUGAAGUAGCUAACGACGCAACGAAGGCUUCGAUUUCGAGAUGGUCUUGCAAUACUUGUAAGGCCGAGUUCGAGUCUCUUCAAGAUCAACGAUCUCACUUCAAGUCCGAUAUUCAUCGAUUCAAUGUAAAGCUAAGCAUUGCUGGAAAAGAUACUGUGAAGGAGGAAGAUUUUGAUGAGUUGACCUCUGAUUCUUUAUUCAGAGACUAUGAUAUAUCGAGCAUAUCGGGGUCUGAAGAUGAAGAUGAAAGGGGAUCUUUCCCCCAGAAUAAUGUGCAUAGUGGAUUAAGCAGAAGUGUUAAACAAAAGCUAUAUAUCCAUCUUCCGAAAGGAGAGAGAGUUUCAAUUUGGAAAUGUUUACUUCUGAACGAGGCUGAUAAUAUUUUAUUUGAGAACGAUAAAUUAGUUGCUGGAGAUGAUGGUGGGUUCAUGCGCUGUUUGAGAGAGAAGGAAGUGAUUGAGAAACUGAAAUUUUUGAUUCAUGAGCCCAGGGAUAAUACGCAUUUGAGAAUUGUAUUGCUUGCAAGUGGUGGGCACUUUGCUGGCUGUGUGUUUGAUGGUAACUCUGUUGUGGCGCAUAAAACAUUCCACAGAUAUGUGGUAAGGGCCAAGGCUGGUAAAAAACAGUCAUCAAAAGAUGCAACUGGCAGAGCCGCACAUUCUGCUGGAGCUUCACUUCGUCGUUAUAAUGAACUUGCGUUAAAGAAGGAAAUUCAAGAAUUACUUGCUGCUUGGAAACCUUAUUUUGAUGCUUCCUCGUGUGUUUUCAUUUAUGCUCCUUCAAACAACCGUCAACUACUUUUUGAUGGAGAAAAACCAUAUUUCAGUUGUAAGCACUGUGUUGUUCAAAAUGUUCCAAUGACUGUACGGAGACCUACAUUGAAGGAAAGUCGGCGACUAUAUAAUUUAUUGACACAAGUUUCCUAUGAAAUCAAUGAAGAAAAUAAAACUGCCAUCAAAGAAGAAUCACUCUUAAGUGUGAGCAUUACAAAUGAUGGCUGCCCAGGGCCCACCAAAGAGGAUUUCAGGGAUGAUCUGGACGGUAGAGAUACUACUGAAUCUUGUUCAGGUUUCAACAAAUCUGAUAAUUUGUCUAGCGCGAGUGAGAGUGAAGAUGUUGGCACAACAACACCUUUACAUCAAGCAGCAAAGUCUGGGAAUACCCAAAAAGUUUUAGAACUCCUAGAGCAGGGUUUAGAUCCUUGCAGUAAGGAUGAAAGGGGAUGGACUCCAUAUAUGCUGGCAACUGAGAAGGAAGUGAGGAAUACUUUUAGAAGGUUUAUGGCUUCAAACCUUGACAAGUGGGACUGGAAUGCUGCUAAAGUGCCCAGUGCAUUGACAAAGGAAUUGGAGGAAUCUCAAGCUUCUAAGCAGGCAGAGAAAGAUGCCAAGAAGAAAGCAAGAGCAAAAGAGUUGAAGAAAUUACGUAAAGCAAGGGAAAAGAAGGCCCAGGCAGAAGCUGCUCCACCAUCCCAGAGUGCUCUGACAACUUCAAAGAGUCAGGGAGCCUCUCCUGUUACAGGUUCCAAAGGACAGUCUCAAUCUAGUAGUGGGCCACGGAUGUCUAAAGAGGAGGAACUGAAAAGGGCACAAGCUGCAGAGAGGGAAAAGAGGGCUGCUGCUGCCGAGAGGAGAAUAGCAGCAGUCGCUGCCCUAAAUGCUCAAACGACAAACACGAACACUGCACCAAGCAGCAGUUCACAGCCCAAGGGUGUGGUGACAACCGACAUCAAGUGCUCAUGUUGCGACUCAUCUCUGGUUGGUAAAGUUCCAUUUCACAGGUAUAACUACAAAUACUGCAGCACAUCAUGCAUGCAUGUCCACAGAGAGAUGCUCGAAGAUGAAUAACAACCACUUUCCAAUUUUUAAUUUUACAGUUUUAUUACUUGAAUUUGAGAUUUGUUAGGUCCAGUGAGGAGUUGUGGAGUUGAUAUGCUCGGAUUUCAUGAUUUGUCUGUGUGUUCAAUACACAUGCUGGCUGUUUUUUGUUGAGUAUGAUAUCGUAGAUGUUAUUGGCCAUUUUUUCUUCAUGGAGAUGCUACCUUGUAUUGACUCACCCUCGUUAACAAAAUCUAAAAUUGAUAUGUACUUGUAUUGACCUCGA